UACAGCUGUAGUAUCAUUCAUUAUUAUACCUCCGUCUUUCUUGACAAUAAUCUCCCACUCUAAUGACAAUUCAUCAGCUAGACGGAGGUUGCCGAAGCUACUACUCUUCACCCAGACAACCAGGCAAAGGUUUCCUCAAAAUUAUCUCAAUCGAGUGAAGAAAUGAGUUUCGCUCCAAGCUCAUCCGUAAUCUGCCUACAGGUGGUAUGUAAACACGCCAUUUUCUUCGAUUCACUUGUAUUUAAAUUAUCACGCAUCCUCGCUAAGUGAGCCAAGCCCCUCUUGUGUCUGUAGCUGAGCAACGGAAGGAAAGUGGAAAUCUCCCGCCGGGUCUUUGUCGCGGAAUUACCUCUGUAGUUUGUUUGAUAUCGUAAGAUAAGAGGCUGGGGUUUGAGGCAUAUAUUCUACCUGUUUCCCUGCUGGAGGGUUUCUUAAACACCACACAUCUACAUCUACAUCUUCUACAAGUCAACUUCAGACCAAGAAACCUUCCAUACUUUCAGGACAAACAUCUCAAAUUGAGACAUCUCUUAAACUCAACGCAACGAUGAACUUCAAGCUCAGCAUCGCGGUCCUUCUCGCCGCUCUCAACAUGGUAAGUCAAGUCCUCUCCCCAUCCUCUCGCAAGACUCAUGAGAUAGUACGCUAAUAUUGGUUGUAUAAAGGCCUUCGCAGCACCCCUUCCAAACCGAGGACCUCAUGAUUGGGCCGAGAUCUAGGACCCGGGUAUGUGGAAUGAGAACUUGAAUCCUGUAUAAGCUACAGUGCGGUACGUCCCUUACAAAACCCCCACCAGAAGCAUCGAGUUCCGAUAUUGAUUCUCUACUAUUUUAGAUGCCUUCCUUCUGGAUUAUCAAGUUGCGAUACUUGGAUGGCGCUGCUGGUGUUGGGUGAGGCUGUGCUGGGGUGAAAAGGUGUAUUGUUGCUGGUCAGCAUUUGUUGGUAUGGAUGGACACAUGGAAGGAUCUGAGAUAAAGCAUUGUUUGCAUCUGGAUGGGUUGCUGGAAUCUGGUAGAACGGGCUGUGCUCGUAGACCUGGAGUUCGAAAUGCAUAAACAUCAGAUUCCAUCA